AUGGCGACGAGGCGCCUAGGGGUUGAGGAGACGCUGGGAGCCCUGAAUGCGGCUCUUGGGCCUGGCGGCCCAGUGUGGUUCAAGGAGACUCGCGCCCGCCACCUGCGUGCUCGAGACUUCUUAGCGCCGCAGCGCGCGCUACAGGCGCGCUUCGGGGACGGACAGGUGCCCGAGCGCGUGGUCCGAGCUGUUGCCACCCUGCAGGGCCCAGGUGUGGCCCCGGUGCUGCGUUGCGCGCCGACCCCCGCGGGCCUGGCGCUCCAGCUGCAGCGGUCGGUUGUUUUCGAGCGCGUCCUCGGCGCCGUAACCGCUUACGCCGCUCCGGCCGCGCCCGCCGCGCGGGCCGCGCAGUGCUCGCGCGUCAUCCUGCACUGCCCCGCGCUGCGCGGCGCGCCUAGCGCACUGAGCCUGAGCCAGCUGCGUGCUAUUCUAGUGGCCGACCACUUGGCACGAGCGCUACUUGCUCACGGGGUGUGUGUGCGCCACUUGCCCGCUGUGCGGGACCCACACAUGGUGACCUUCCUGCAGCAACUGCGGGUGGACUGGCCCACUACCUCGAAGAGGGUCGCCACUGAAGCCCUGAGGACCCGAGCACUUGCAGAUCUUAGCCCUUCCUGUGACAGAGGAACCUUGCCACCUGGAGCCCUAGGCAGAGUAUGUCUGAAAGAAGUGGUGGAAGAACGGGGGCACAGAGCUGGCUAUGACCCCAACCUCACAAAUUGUCUGGUAACUGAGGAUCUGCUCACCGUGUUGGCUGAACUGCAGGAGGCUGUGCAGCACUGGCAUGAGGACACCUCCCAAGGCUUGGCUGCAGCCUCAGAUGCUGGUACAAGCAGCUGCACAGUUGUUCAUGUGGUGAACUGUGAGGAUGAGUUCCAGCAACAAAAGUUGGACUUGCUUUGGUGGAAGCUAGAUGACCAGGCUCCUCUCAUACAGAAGCACCUGGUCUGUGGCCCCGUGAAAGUAUCUAGUUCACCUGGUACCCUGACUGCCCCCGAGUACUAUGAGCUCCGACACGCCCAGGUGUGUAAAGCCUCAGCACUGAAGCACGGCAAGGACAUAGUGCAAGAACCAGCAUGGACAGACAUCUUUGGGGUUCUCUCUGUGGCAACCAUCAAAUUUGAGAUGCUCAGCACUGCCCCACAGAGUCAGCUGCUCCUGGCCCUGACCGAUGGCAGCAUUUCCACGAAGGGCACCAAGAGUGGCACUUUUGUCAUGUAUAACUGUGCUCGUCUCGCCACGCUCUUUGAGAGUUACAAGCACAGCAUGGAACAAGGUCUUUACCCGACUUUUCCACCUGUGAGCAGCCUGGACUUCUCACUGCUACAUGAUGAGGGUGAGUGGUUGCUGCUCUUCAACAGUGUCCUCCCCUUCCCAGACCUGCUGAACCAGACAGCAGCCCUGGCCUGCACAGCCCCAGGGCGCCAUGUUACUACACGCACAGAGAUGGUGUGCAAGUUCUUGGUGCAGCUCAGCAUGGACUUCAGCUCAUACUAUAACCGUGUACACAUCCUAGGGGAGCCUCAACCACACCUGUUUGGUCAGAUGUUUGCCCGUCUGCAGCUUCUGCAGGCUGUGCGUGAAGUGCUGCACACUGGCCUGGCCCUGCUGGGUCUGCCCCCACUGAGCCACAUCUAAGGCCCCAGAGGCCCCAGUAUCUGG